CAUCCAUAAUUCAUUCACCUAUAAACUAAACCUUACCAACUUCUUUUUUUUCCUAUUCGGCUUUUGCUCCUCCCCAACAACGCCUCAAUCUACGACGCGCCUCUAGCUACGGCCACAGACUGCACUAUUAAUAUUGGUUGCCGUCUGUGCAAACAACGUUUUUUUCAGCGUUUCCUGUCAUCCCACCUAUCCCGCAUAGGAGGAGAUCCAUCGUUCUCUUACCACGCAUCCCUUUCCUCCACAACCGCAAAUGUUCCCGAUAUCUUCCUCCGAGAAAGUUACCCCGGCCCAAUCCUCUACGGCGCGCCUCAAUCUCGCCUUCUCGAGCCUGUCGAAUUAUGGAUAUCCUCCGCAUCCUCACUCCCGGUUCGAGUUCGUGUGAUCCUGUUUCCAGGCUGUGAGCUGUCGCAACAGUCUCCCAGUCGACUACCAUUGCGCCACAAGGCGCCAUUGGCCCUACUCCGCUAUUGCGACAAGCCUCGAUCUCUAAUAGUCGUCACGGUCGCAUUUCACCUCCGCCCAUAAUGGAGAACCCACGAGCGAAAGCCAGGGCGAGCUGGGGGGAGGCCCAGAAGAUCCGCACCCAUAUGAUGGACAAAUUGUCGAAUUUUAAAAAGGAGCGCGGUACUACAAAUGCUACCUCUCGCUUUGAAGAGGUUGAGCAGACGAUGGCCGAAUUUCGUUUGGCUUGCUUGAAUGUCAUUGCUAAUGACUUCGAGUAUGCGGUCGAUAAAAAUGUUGAAGUUUUCCUGUGGCAAGCUCAUACCUUUCUCAAUAGCGAGUACCGGAAAGUUAUGAGCCGUCUCCUAUCACAGAACCAGGUGGUAGUGAGAAGGAAGCUUGAGAAGCUAUAUCGACAAUUUCUUAGACUGUCUCAGUCAUUCUAUCGUGUCUACAUACAGAAGAUGUCUGGGCGCUUUUAUAUCCCGGAGCUGUAUCAUAUCGCUCGCGAUACGGAUAUUGAGCCAACAGAGACUCCCGCCCUCGAUGCGAAGCCUCCAUCUCAAAUCCGUGAACUAAUCUUGAGAUCAUGCCAGAUCACUCUAGUUCACCUAGGUGACUUAUUCAGAUACCGAUGCCAGAUGUCAGAGAAGCUCUCGAACUCCAAUGUGAAUUUCGACAGAGCCUUAUCGUACUACGGCUUAGCAAACGCUCUCGAUCCUAAUGACGGUUCCGCUCAUCACCAAUUGGCCGUAUUGUACCAACUUCAAGCCAGGCAUCUCGAGAUCGUCUAUCACUUUCACCGUUCUAUCUGUGUUGCGAACCCGCACGAAUUGGGUCUUUACAAUCUCGAGCGAGAGUUCAAUGGUCUAGAGAAUUCCUCGGCCGCACGCAAAGGUCCUAUCAAGGACCCCUGCGAGACUAUGAUUACCUGGUUCUUACGACUACAUACGUAUUUUUUCAAGGGGGAACCAUUUACUCAACAGGGUGAACUCGAAAAUGAAGUUCUACAUCGUAUUGAGACAACAGCGAAGUCCGAUGCCGACGAAGCUGUCCUGCGCAAAAUGAUCAUCAUUAAUAUCGCAGCAUAUGACGUUGCUCUCGAGCGGGUGAAAUCUUCCUGGUCAAUUCAAGGGUCCCAGUCUGCUCAAUUCCUACUAAGAUUCAACAUUCGCACGGUUCUCAUUCUUCUUCGAGUGCUCAAGAAAGAGUUACUUGACGAGUCCGCAACAUCUCCUGCUGACGGAAAUGAGAGUGGGGACCUUGAAAAUGCUGGGAGUCCAAUCUGCUUCAGUCGGCUUUUGACGAAGCUAUUCCCCCUCAUCCGUAUCUACAUAUCGUGGAUAUACGUUUGUAGGGCCGACGCUAACAACUAUCGCGAAUUCCUUGAGCCAUAUAUCAGUGAAGUAUACAGGCUCCUUGCCGAUAGUCUAACCCUACUCAACAUGAUUCUCGACCAAGCCGCAAUCACGACAUCAUCCAAGUAUCUUUUGUUGGAAGAUACUGAAGCAAUUGGUCUUAGACCAUUCAGCGAUCAAACCUUACCAUUAUUCGUGCAAGUGGGACAUGUAUCGGACCCCGAUGAAGCGAAUAAUCAGAAGCCCCGCAAGCCUCGCCAAAGGGUCUUCGGCCGUCAACACGAACCUUCCACGGAAACGAUAUGGCGUAUGAGAGACAUUGUAUAUUGCGGCGUCCUUUUAGCUGCGUGUUCAAGUUACCCACUUGAGAUGACUCUCAAGCAUCAUGAAGGACGAGACAUUGAAUGCUGGGAUUUCACUGACGAGGUAUCCAAACGAGGGCCCAUAGAUGAAGCGAGCAUGUCUCGUAUGCUAAACAAGCUUAAGCUUGCUGAGAUUAAAACAAAGCCGGAGGACUUAGCCCAAGAUGUAGCUCAACGGUCCCUGAGUCCUGCGCCCUUGAGCGCUGAUAUACUAGAGGCGCCUUCACAUGAGGUUAGCAACGAUACUACAAAAUCCGCACUACAAAGACCUCGAAACAAGGGGAAAGCGGUUGAGGAGUUAGCACCUAGCUCCCUACUUGACACGGAUCUGAGCGGUGAUAGUGAAAUGGUUGACAUGGUCAACAAACUUCUAGACCCAACCGAGGAGAGCAGACCCCAGUCAAGUCAUACCCAGGCUGAUACAAGCUAUGGUAUGAAUACUACUAUGGCUAAUGAUAUAUUUGGCCGACUUGCCACUGGGUCAGCUCAACCUUCACCCUCAUCCAAGGCUAUUCCUAGUCUCCCAUGGGGUUAUUUUUACGCGCCAAUGCCACAGCGUUCCAGCAGUCAGGGCAACAAUCAAUUAGCACCCGAUGGGGACUAUGUACCUAGGAGCGCCCACGGUCAGCUUGGCGACUUCGACUCAUCUUCGUAUCUACGUGACUUGAGUACACCUUUCCGCCAAGCUCAAAAGUAUAGCAACACGGGAGAAGGCAUCGCGCAUAGGUCGCCCGGUCCUUUAUCAGCAGCUUCGGCCUUCCAUAGUCAUCAAAGCAAAGGGUCGCGCGACUCUUUAGAAGCGUCGCGAAGUGAAGUUCUUGAUAGCCUUGCUUCUGCGAUAUUCGGCCAGCAUGGAUUGGCCCCUACUAACAUGCAACGCUCGGAGAGCUACUCAAGCCGUCCGAGUGCCAGUCCUUACCUCGCACCACAAGUACCAUCUGAAACCUCGUCCAAGGUGGCGUAUCCUCGCCCUGGAAGUAGUAAUCCCGCCAAUUAUCUCGGCUCGAGCAAUAUGGAGCGAUCGGUCAGUCAACGCAGUUCCACUGCGAAUCACCAGAGCCCGCCCGGAUCAGCCGGUUGGGGCGGCAUUUAUGGUGGUGGAUUCCAAGAACACCGUAGCACCCACCUCCAUCACACUUCUAACCCCGACGAACUUGGGUUUCCACCUCUAGGAAGCAAAGGCCAACCAGGCGAACAACUCUCGUCAGGCCCGUCCCAGCGACAAAACUCCCCUUGGCUUCAGAAUCCCGCUAGAAGCGGCUCGACUUUGGCAUUCUCUCACCCAAGCAGCCUCUUUGGUGGUACCCCUGCCGCCAAUCUGGGCGGUUCUCCCAAACCUGCUUUGUCUAACGGCAAUCAUUGGAAUGCUGGUACUCCAUUUGGCCAACUAGGCACAGGCCAUAAGAAUAGGGACGAUCCCGCGCGCCGCAGCCAAAAUAAGAAUAUCUUAGGGGUCGAGGAUGAGUCGCGCGACUAUAAUAUGCAAGCCUUCCACUCUCCACUUUUAGGCAAUAACAACAGCAAAAUGCAACGCCCAAAGUAAUAACGAUUAUCAUUGUAGCACCACGCUUAAUUCCACACGACUGUUAAUAGGCAGGCGGAAAGGACGAAACGGGAAGCCAGCAAGACCGAACAUCAGUCCGAAGUCCCCAUAACCGAGAAUGGCGUCGUCGGUCUUGAAAAUGACCACCGCCCUCGCAAUAUGGUAUCACCUCUAAGGUCUUGCAAGCUAUGAAGGGGUCAGGAGUAGACACAGGGAUCAUUCCUAUGCUAGCUAGACGAUUGCGUAUUUAGUUCGUUUAGCUUACACGGCAGACUGACUACCACAUGCACCAAGGAUAGGUCGAUGAGAAAUAGCCGGAGAUCGCAAAUUGGUCUUACUAUCUAGGUGGGAAAAUGACCUGAAGUUGGAAUCGAGGACGGUUAAUAAGGGCUUAUCGGCCGUAAUACUGUGGCACGGGGGAUCAUCUACAGGCCGCCUAAUCAGAACCGAGUGAAGUAAUUUCUUCAGCUUAAUAUUCAGGCUUCUUUGAUAUCGACAGCGAAUAUGAGGUUGGGUUUGCAUAUUCUACAGCUUGAUUUAUAAUAGCGUGAGAUACUAUCAAUAAAAAUAUUAGUAAACCCCAUGA